UGUGUAAAGUAAAUGCCGCUUUCCAGCUUGGGUGGAGAAGGUAUUUAUCAAGAUAUGUCAAGAGUCAGAAUGAAAACCCAUCAAUUACCUGUUUGUAGUGCAAAAUGGAAAAUGUCCUGUCUCUCACACUUUGCCUUUUCUGUUCAAUCCUAGUAGCCUUCAUUUAAAAAUAUUACGGUUAGGUCAUUCAGUCUGAGUCUUUCGUGGGCAGAAUUAGAUGAAUUUUAAUUUGAAACAUAACUUUCUCCACUUUCUGCCCUCGAGAGCUGCACAUCAGUAUCUCUGUUUUAACGUAAUGAAUCCUUCUUUAUUUACUUAUUUAAGUUGGUAAACUUGAAAUUUUGCAAGCACGUUACCAGUCGUAGAUGUCAUAAGAUGCAGCACCUGUCGAGCAGGCACUUUGUUCUUUUUUCUUCCUCCCUCCCUCCCCAUCACCAGUAUUUUGGGGCUCCAUAUGGAGAUCAAUUGUGCGAUAGCUUCAUUCUGGUAAUUAACAUGCUUGUUUGAGGUUAUAAAAUAUACAUCUGAGAAAAGCCAGGGAUUUCCCCCUGAAUAUCAACGAAUUGCUUGAAGUGGCAUUUAUUUUUCAUUCUGACUUGGUGUUGUGUUUUGUUUGACUGCAGCAUUCUGGAGCAAAAUGAAAGAGUUUAUUUUGAGGCCUCCAAAGUAGUGCUGCUACAGACCAUGAACAAGAAAGAGAAGACCUCAGCCUGCACCAACGGUCUUGAAAUGCAAAUGGUCUUGGGUCUAGGCUUUUUGUGUUGAGUUUCUCUACUGUCUCCCCUUCUGCUCAAGCAAAAUCUGUGUGAAAAGAUCUGCUGGGAAGGAGCUGACUGCUUAUGAUUCUCCAUUGUGAUGAAAGCACAUGGUACAGUUUUCCAAAGAAAUUAGUCCGUUUUCUGGGUGAAGAGAAACCAAUCUGUUUUCACAGGGUACUUCUCCCUUCCCUGUGAAAGGAAGAAAGAACACGCCUGGGCCCAGGAGCGCUCCAGCUUCUUCUGGGAAGUCUCCAUGGUGAAGGACAGGUUGGGGCUACCUGUGAACCGUGCACAGUGAAUGUUAUUCCAGGGCGGCUGCUGGCGGAUCGCACCCACAGGGAGAUGAUUCCUCAUGAAGAGCCUGGAUCCCCUACAGAAAUCAAAUGUGACUUUCCGUUUAUCAGACUGAAAGCAGAGCCAGCCAGAGAGUGAAGCGGUCACCGUGGAGGGGGGACGGCGAAAAAUGAAAUCCAACCAAGAGCGCAGUAACGAAUGCCUGCCUCCCAAGAAGCGCGAGAUCCCCGCCACCAGCCGGCCCUCGGAGGACAAGGCCACGGCUGUGCCCAGCGACAACCACCGCGCGGAGGGCGUGGCAUGGCUCCCGGGCCACGCGGGCGGCCGGGGCCACGCGGGCGGGCGGCUCGGGCCGGCGGGGCCCCCGGCAGAGCUCGGUUUACAGCAGGGAAUAGGUUUACACAAAGCGCUGUCCGCGGGGCUGGACUACUCCCCGCCCAGCGCGCCCCGGUCCGUCCCGGCGACCACGACGAUGCCCGCGUACCCGCCCCCGCAGUCCGGGGCCCCGGUGUCGCCCGUGCAGUACGCCCACCUGCCGCAUACCUUACAGUUCAUCGGCUCUUCGCAGUACGGCGGGCCUUACGCCGGCUUCAUCCCUUCUCAGCUGAUCUCCCCCACCGCCAGCCCCGUCACCAGUGCGGUGGCCUCGGCCGCGGGGGCCGCCACUCCAUCCCAGCGCUCCCAGCUGGAGGCCUAUUCUACCCUGCUGGCCAACAUAGGCGGUCUGAGCCAAGCCUCGGGACACAAGGCUGAGCAACAGCAGCAGCACUUGGGCAGGACCGCGGGGCUCCUGGCCCCCGGGUCCCCGCCCCCCACCCAGCAGAACCAGUACCUGCACAUCUCCAGCUCUCCGCAGAGCGCCGCGCGCCCGGCCUCCCCGCCGGCCAUCCCCGUCCACCUGCACCCGCACCAGACGAUGAUCCCGCACGCGCUCACCCUGGGGCCCUCCCCGCAGGUCGUCGUGCAGUACACCGACUCCGGCAGCCCCUUUGUCACCCGCGAGGCCCCCAAGAAAGCCGAGAGCAGCCGGCUGCAGCAGGGCGUGCAGGCCAAGGAGAUCCUGAACGGGGAGAUGGAGAAGGGCCGCAGGUACGGGGCGCCCACCGCGGCCGAGCUGGGCCUGGUGAAGGCGGGCGGCAAGGCCGUUCCCCACCCGUACGAGUCCAGGCACGUGGUGGUCCACCCCAGCCCCGCCGACUACGGCAGCCGCGACUCCUCCGGGGCGCGGGCCUCUGUGAUGGUCCUACCCAACAGCAGCACCCCCGCCGCCGACCUGGAGGUGCAGCAGGUCGCCCACCGAGAGGCCUCCCCCUCCGCCCUCAACGACAAAAGCGGCCUGCACCUAGGGAAGCCCGGGCACCGAUCCUACGCGCUGUCUCCCCAGCAGGCCCUGGGCCCCGAAGGCGUGAAGGCCGCCGCCGUCGCCACGCUGUCCCCCCACACGGUCAUUCAGACCACACACAGUGCUUCGGAGCCCCUCCCGGUUGGACUGCCGGCCACAGCCUUCUACGCAGGGACCCAGCCGCCCGUCAUCGGCUACCUGAGCAGCCAGCAGCAAGCGAUCACCUACGCCGGCGGCCUGCCCCCGCACCUGGUCCUCCCCGGCACCCAGCCCCUGCUCAUCCCUGUGGGCAGUGCUGACAUGGAGGGGUCGGGUGCGGCCUCGGCCAUCGUCACGUCGUCGCCCCAGUUUGCUGCAGUGCCUCACACGUUCGUCACCACCGCCCUUCCCAAGAGCGAGAGCUUCAGCCCCGAGGCCCUGGGCACCCAGGCCGCCUACCCGGCCAUGGUGCAGGCCCAGAUCCACCUGCCCGUGGUGCAGUCGGUGGCGUCCCCCGCGGCCGCGCCCCCUACGCUGCCUCCCUACUUCAUGAAAGGCUCCAUCAUCCAGCUGGCCAACGGGGAGCUGAAGAAGGUGGAGGACUUAAAAACGGAAGACUUCAUCCAGAGCGCAGAGAUCAGCGACGGCCUGAAGAUCGACUCCAGCACUGUGGAGAGGGUGGAGGAGAGCCACAACCCGGGCGCCGCCGUGAUACAGUUCGCGGUCGGGGAUCACCGAGCACAGGUCAGCGUGGAAGUUUUGGUAGAGUAUCCUUUUUUUGUGUUUGGACAGGGCUGGUCAUCCUGUUGCCCGGAGAGAACCAGCCAGCUCUUUGAUUUGCCGUGUUCUAAACUCUCCGUUGGGGAUGUCUGUAUCUCGCUCACCCUCAAGAACCUGAAGAAUGGCUCUGUUAAAAAGGGCCAGGCCGUGGAUCCCGCCAGUGUCCUGCUGAAGCACUCAAAGACCGACGGCCUCGCAGGCAGUAGACACAGGUACGCCGAGCAGGAAAACGGGAUCAAUCAGGGAAGUGCCCAGAUGCUCUCUGAGAAUGGCGAACUGAAGUUUCCAGAAAAAGUAGGAUUGCCUGCCGUGCCCUUGCUCACCAAAAUAGAACCCAGCAAGCCCGCGGCCACGAGGAAGAGGAGGUGGUCGGCGCCGGAGAGCCGCAAACUGGAGAAGUCGGAAGACGAGCCACCUUUGACUCUUCCUAAGCCUUCUCUCAUUUCUCAGGAGGUUAAGAUUUGCAUCGAAGGCCGCUCUAAUGUAGGCAAGUAGAGGCCGUGUGGGGAAAGGAAAUCUGGCCCUCCUUUAUCAUUUGUAUCCAGAUUACUGUACUGUAGGCUAAAUAACACAGUAUUUACAUGUUAUCCUCUUACUUUAGGGUUCUGUUAUAACCUUGUCCUUAGAGUUACAGCGGGGGUUGGGCAGGAGCUGGUGCAUAUGCUUUUUCCACACGUGUCUCUCAGCGGGUGGGCAGGCAGGGGCUGGGGCAGGUCCAGCCGGGGCUCUGGGCGGGCGUCCUGGUGGAAAUGAACGUGGCCCCAUGGUGCCUGCCUUUUCUAGCAGUGCAGAUGCACCCAUGGGGUGCCGACUUCUCCCGGUUUCGGGACAACGGGCUGCAGGGGUUGCGUGCGUGCAAGUGAGGGUGCCCGGGUGCCACGGCAGGUGAGGGUCUCUUUCUCUCUGCCUCCCUCUCUCUUGCCCUCAGCACGGGAUUGGAGGUCCAGGGGAGUGUCCUCGUGAGGUUCUCACGUGCAAAAUCAGCAUCAGGACCUGGCCAGGUUCAGGGCAUCCCAGAGAGGCCGUCAGACAGCAGAUGGAAAACUAACCGUGUAAAAGAACAUUUUUUUUCCUCCAACAUAUUUUACAAUAAAAGCGACUUUUAAUCAUAGAGAUAUAUAUAUUCCCCCCAUGGGGCCUGACUGCACUGAUAUUUUUUUAAAGAGCAACUGCCACCCGUGGGAUUUCGUUUCUGCUUUACUAGUGCAGUGAUGUCUCCAGGGCAGCGUGGUGGGCAGGGCAGCGCCUGCUGCCAUUGCUCCGUACCCCGGGGGGUAGUGGGCAGCAGGGGUGGCGGAGAGUGAAACCCACCCUGGUCUCUGUGCAGUGUUAGGAAAACCAAUCCGGUUAAUUGCAUUGACUUCACUCCCAAGAGAUAGACACAAACUGCCCUUCAAGAGAGCCGCGGAAGCUCUUCGCAUUGGGUUUGCAAAUCUUCUGUCUUUUAACUCUAGUACUGUUUAUAGUUCAUGACUAUGGACAACUCGGGUGCCACUUUUUUCAGAUUCCAGUGUGACGUGAGGAAUUAGAUUUUGAAGAUGAGCAUAUAUGUUACUAUCUCUAAGCACUUAAAAUGUUGUUCACACUUUAUUACCAAGCAUCUUGGUCUCUCAUUCAACAAGUACUGUAUCUCACUUUAAACUCUUUGGGAAGAAAAACUAAGUUGCUUUCUUUUUUUUCAACACUGUAACUACAUUUCAGCUCUGCAGAGUUUCUCACGGAGCAAGAUGUUGAAAGUUUCAAUGUGGUUUAAUGGGAUGAAUGUGAAUUUUGAACUAGUAUGUGACAAUGAAUGACCACCAAGUACAGCCUGACGGGAGGCACUCUUCACUUUGAUGUUUGAGAAGGAAUUAAAAGCAUAUGCAGAGCUGGCAGAGGAACUGAGAGGAAAGGGAUGGAGAAAAGAAUACUCACUUUUGUCCAGUGUUUUUCUUUUUAAGAUGAACUUUUAAAGAACCUUGCGAUUUGCACAUCUUGAGUUUAUAAUUUGUGUGAUAUUCCUGCAGUUUUUAUCCAAUAACAUUGUGGGAAAGGUUUGGGGGACUGAACGAGCAUAAAUAAAUGUAGCAAAAUUACUUUCUAACCUGCCUAAACUCUAGGCCAUUUUAUAAGGUUAUGUUCCUUUCAGAAUUCAUUUUGGUCUUCUUACCGCAUCUGUCACAUAAAACCAGGUCUUAGCAGGACAACUCUGAGAAUUUUCUUCAGAUUCAUUGAGAGAGUUUUCCAUAAAGACAUUUAUGUAUGUGAGCAAGUUUUUUUUUUUAAAAGAAAACGAUUACUUUAUUAUUGUUGUUAUUGAUGUUAUUUUCAGAAUGACUUUUAUUUUUCCAUCUGAAAUCAAAUCAAGAUUUAAUGUUUGGUACAAACCCAGAAAGGGUAUUUCACAGUUGAAAACCUUUUAUUCCCAGAGAUCUGAAAUAUUGUUUGUGGGUUUUGAGUGUGCAUUUUAAAGUGCUUUAAAAAAAAAAAAUUUUAUAAGGAGGGAGAUAUUUUUAAAUAUUCUUACUUGGAAUGGCUGCAACUUAUCUGAACAAAUACCUGAUUUUUCUUUUACCAUUGAGAAUAGUACUUUUUCCAUUUCACAAAUUAAAAAAAAAAUUCUAAUGUCAACCCACAUUUUGGCUAGCUAGUAUUCACAUUUAGCUCUCAGCAGAACUAAUGAUUUUUACAAACCAUUUUCUGGGGUGUACCAAAAACAUUGGAAUAGGUUUAGAAUAGCUAGAUCCAGUCCUUGACUUUCUUUGGUUUUCAUUACCCUCUCAGCAUGCUAGCAGAGAGCUGGGUGAGUCCAUUCUUGCAGUCAUAUUGCUUAUUUAGUGCUGUAUUUUUUUUAAAUGUCUCUGUUCAGAGAACUUGCUUAAUCUUCCAUAUAUUCUGCUCAGGGCACUUGCAAUUAUUAGGCUUUGUUUUUCUUUUUGUUUCGAUGGUAAGAGGAAUAUGGGGCUGCCAUUAUAGACUUUGUCCUCAUCAGCACCACUAAUUACAGCAACUCAUGUGGACUCAGAGAAACACCCACCACCUUUUGGCUUCUUUCGAGUAUCGAACUAAGUGGAUCCACACCUCUAACACUAAAAUGGGAAAACAUAACAUGGUUUGGAGCGAUAGGAACAUCGUCAUCGUUUCUGUGCUUCUAUUUCAGGUAUAGGAAUUAUCAAAUAAUUGGUUCUUUCUCAACAUUGUCCCACUUCACUUUCUUGCUUCUUUAGCAUGUGCAAAACUUUCCGUGCCAAUAGAGUCUGAUCGGUGCGCUCUAGAGGAAGCUCAGACCCUUUUGGCUUUUUCCUUACUCGGUCCCUCGUUCCUGUUCUGGCCAGAGAAGGGCUGGAAGGAAGGAGCCAGGAAGGGGAGGGCCUCCGGCUGCGCGUUUGCCCUGCUGCGGAUGCUGAAUCCUGGGGCAGGGAGCUUGCUUUCGGGAGCCCUGUCUGUCGCCUUGUUGCAGAAAGAGCAAGCAAAGGAGGUGGAAGGGGAGAACGGCACUUCCCCCGUCACCACGAGGAGUAGUGAAUGUGCAGUGCAGACAGGAGGGAGACAGCGUCCUUUCUGAGGCGCACUCUGGAGCAAUAGUGCCAGGAUCAACCCAUGUUCCACGAUCUUUUCCGCGAGUGGGCAGGUCUGUGUCCUUGAGACUUCGAGCCGAGCCUCUGGGCGUGGUCAGGAAGCGUGGCCCGCCGUGUGCGCGCCUUCCAAGCGUCCGGUCAGUGGCUACGGAGGGGGCCACCUGCGAACAAUGGUCACCACUCCUUUGUGGCAGCUCUCUCUUCAAAUAGGAAGAACAUCCAGAGGACAGGGGCCUCCUCUUGUUUGCAGACAUUGGCGAGCCCCAAGGCUCCCAGAGCAGCCUUUGCCACUGCGCCUGCGUAGCCGACCUAACAAUGACAGGCAUAGAAACCCUUCCGUGCCGUGCAGCUUACGAGGAUCAGCCAUGUGCCUCUGUACUGUGUCCACUUUGCAAUAUUUACUGAACCCGUCUUUCGUUCUUCUUUCUUUCCCGUUUUCCAUUUUGAAACUAAUAACAGCAGGCCUUUUGCGUUUACAGUGGAACACAAUCACCAAGAAAUUAGUCAGGGCGAAAAGAUUAAAAAAAAAACAAAAAAAAAAACAAUUAACCAACAAACAAGAACCUCUCUUUGUAGGGAUUUCUAAAUAUAUAAAAUGACUGUUCCUUCCUUAGAAUGUUUUAACUUAAGAAUUACUUCAGUUUGUCUGGGCCACAUUGGGGGUGAGGUGGGGAUACAGAAAUGGAUGCCACUUACCUCAAAUCUUUUAAAGUGGAAAUCCAAAAUUGCUUUCUCAUUUGGACGUUCAGGAUAAUUUUCUAUGUUGGUCAAUUUUUUGUCUUUUCCAACUCACCCGGUUUUGGGAUGAUUUUAUUUUUUUUCAUUGCUGUCGUCAAUCCCCUUUCUCACUCUGAAUCAUGACCCUUUGUGUUUUCUGUUAGGUGAGUGUGUUGGGUUUUGUCCCCCACCGGGAAGUGGCAGCACCCCUCCUUCUCCCCUCUAAGGAACUCUGCGGAACCUUUCACACCUCUAACUCAGGGACGGGGCUGGCGUGUGUGUGGUACACUGACGUGUCCAGAAGCAGCACUUUGACUGUUCUGGAGUAGGGUUGUACAACUUCGAGGAAUGUUUGGAUUUCCUGCAUCUUGUGGAUUUCUCCUUAGAUACUGCAUAGAUUGCAAUAUAAUGCUGCAUGUUCAAGAUGAACAGUAGCUCCUAGUAAUCAUAAAAUCCACUCUUUGCACAUAGUUUGAUCUUUACUGAAAUACGUUGCCAAAAUUUAUUUUUGUUGUGGUGUAGCUUUGGGAUUUUUGUUUUUGUUUUUUUUAAGGAAACAAUUGAUAAUACCCUUUAACAUCUGUGACUACUAAGGAAACCUAUUUCAUAGAGAAAAAGAA